AUGAGUCAGCAUCAAAUUUUCAAGAACAUUACGGUACCUUGGGAAACGGCCAGUACGGAUGAAGAGGCUCAACAGGAGGCCGCUGAGGAGCGCCGCUUCAAUGUCUCUCGGCGCGAUAUGAUCGAGGACUUCAUCAGCUCCUUCAGCGAAAAGCAGUCACCGCGCCGCGAGCAUUCUCCUCGUUCCUACGACGCUAGUCUCAUUUCACCACGGAUGCGUCUUGCCACCUACACACCACCAUCGAUGAGUCCGCGCUCGCGUUUUGCGGAUCAGAUCUCGACAGCGGCAAUAAAUCCAUAUUGGGAGGAGAGUCUUGAUGAUUUGCUCGGCAUCAAAUCCUUUAUGAAGUCUCGGGACCAGCUCCGCCAUGUACCUAUGGAAACGGUACAAGAUGGUGACGAAGAAUCACCCUUGACAGAUCUGCGACUGGCCCACGGAUCGCUUUUUGAUACGCCUAGAAAAUCAGCAUUUCCUUCCCCUCCAUCGACAGCGUCUUCCCGUGAACCGAAAUUUGCUCCAAUUCCCCCAAUUCGGACAGCCGAGGGGGCGAUCGAGCUCAUCGAGUACAUUUCACAGCAAAUCGCUAAAAACGUACCUUUAUCUGCUGUACGCGAGGAGGUGCUCAAGCGCAUCCGCCUUGAUGACUUGAAGCGGACAAACGAAACUGACUGGGUACGCUCAAACGUUGACGCGGAUAUUUUGGAGCAGACGCUACAAAUGAGUCAACUAUUCAUGGAGGCUGCUUCUGCAGAAGCGGAAAGAUUGCGUCAACUGAGUCAAGACUGGGGAACGGCAAAGGAGGGCGCAUCGCUAGAAAUUUUAACUCUUGUUAGAGAAAUGCUGGCACGGAUAAACGGUCUCCCCGGCCGGCUUCAUGGAUCGUUGAGGAUGGCAUCCCAACUCACCGAUGCUGAAUAUCAAUUCCUGCACAAAUCGGAGUUACCGUCGUACCACUUCCAGAAGUCAUUGCGGCGACUUCCGAUCCCGAAGCUCUCUGAUACCGCUAAUCGGUAUCUGGCGUCGGCUAAGGUUGUUCUCGGCGAGGCUGACUAUGCAAGAACGGAGAAGCUCAUGCGCGAAUUCGAGAAUGGCGAAGGGAAAGAGCUCCAAGAGGAAUUGUUGAAGUACGACAAAAACCACAAGGAUACGAGCUAUAUCAGCGAGCCUUGGUUCGAUAUCUACCUCAGGGCACGUGUUCCUUGCCCGGUCAACUACAAUCCGUUCAUGAUGUAUGCGGCCGACCCGAACGAGAAAUUCAUGGAGCAGGCGACGAGGGCGACCAACUUUGCCAUUUCUUACGCUCGCAUUAAGAAAUCAUUGGAUGCUGAGGUACUCGCACCAGAAGUCUUCCACAUGAACCCUAAAAAGAGCGACACGAAGACUUUCCGGCGGGUUUGCAGGAUGCUUCCCCCUUCACUUUCCUGGUUUGGCGCCGUCGCUUUCAAGGCCUUCCCGUUGGACAUGAGUCAAUACAAAUCGCUCUUCAACGGAUCUCGUGUCCCCAAGAAAGAAAAGGAUGUGCUGUAUCUUGACCGGGAACAGAAGCACUUUGUCGUCCUUCAUGGUGGCCGAAUUUUUGCUGUCCGUAUUUUCGAUGAUAAAGGAAAUAUUCUACCAGCUAGUGAAGUCCACGCCGCUAUCCAAGCUAUCUUACGCGAAAAGCCGGCCGCCGAGAACGAGCGCCUUGGAUCGUUGACUGCUGCUAAUAGGGAUGUGUGGGCUGAUGCACGACGGGAGCUUGAAGAUCUCGGGAAUGGAGAACAACUGCGGCAAAUCGACGGUGCCAUGUUUGCUCUUUGUCUCGAUGAUUUGAAGACUACCGAUCAUAAAAGGUUGGUCCAAUCGCUUCUGAUCGGUGAUGAUGGCUCAAAUCGCUGGUUCGACAAGUGUUUCCAGCUGAUCGUUGACGGCAAUGGCCAAUCGACGAUCAACUUCGAGCACUCGUGGGGUGACGGCGUGGCCGUGUUGCGACUGAUGGAGGAGAGCUUCAAAUCGGCCACUGCGGCAACCAAAGAAACCGUCCUGGCCCUAACAUCCGGUCGCCAGGAAAAUAUUCAAGAGUUACUGAAGAAGUGCUCUGAUCAGCAUUCGCAACUCGUAAAGGAGGCUAGCAUGGGCCAAGGAUUCGACCGCCAUCUACUCGGCCUUCGGAUUACGGCGGAACGGUUGGGCAAGCCGCUUCCGGUAGUUUUCCAAGAUGCUUCUUAUGACAGAAUGGGCCAUUUCGUCUUGUCGACCUCAACGCUCUCCACGGAAACGAUUGUUUUUGGCGGCUUCGGGCCUGUUGUCAAUGACGGAUUCGGUGUCGGCUACAAUGUAGUGCCAAGCAAGCUUGGAGCCGUGAUCUCCAGCGUGAAGAAGAAGGCCCAAACGUUCGCCGAUGCCUUGACGGAGUCGCUCGACACGCUGCGUGGGAUUCUGGUCAAA